AUGGCGCAGAAUCUGGGAGUUACAUGUGGGAGAGGGGAUGCAAUAGUGGUCACCAAGUUGAUUAGUAUGGAGGAAAGGGACAAGAAGGAGGCUGACAGAUUCAAUACUUUGAGAGGAGUGUUUGUGAAUGGUGUUUGGAUUGAUGAACCAGGAAAGGCGAAAGAGGAAAUAUGCUUGUUCUUCAAGAACAGAUUUCAAGAGGAAGAUUGGGUGAGGCCCAAACUAGAUGGGGUCAGAUUUAAAGCCAUUGGACAGCAGCACAAUGUCAGAUUGUCGAAGCCAUUUAAUGCAAAAGAAAUAAAGGUUGUUGUGUGGGAAUGUGGGAGCGAUAAGAGCCCCAAACCAGACGACCUUAACUUUAAAUUUAUUAAGAAGUUUUGGGGAGUUAUCAAGGCUUAUGAUUCAGUCUCCUGGGAUUUCUUGUUGUACAUGUUAAGGAGGAUGGGAUUUUGCGAUAGAUGGCUAUCUUGGAUUGAGGGCUGCCUAAAAUCCGCUUCUAUAUCCAUAUUGGUAAAUGGUAGCUCUUCGUCUGAGUUCAUUCCCCAAAGAGGUCUAAGACAAGGGGACCCACUAGCUCCCCUUUUAUUUAACGUUGUUAUGGAGGGACUCAAUGGAUUGCUGAGAGAAGCAAUGGAGAAAAACUUGUUUCAAGGUUUACUAGUGGGAAGAAAUGAGAUGGAAGUUAGCAUCUUACAGUAUGCAGAUGAUACAAUUUUCUUUGGGAAAACAUCCAUGGAAAAUUUCAAAGCGAUCAAGGUGAUCUUGAGAAGCUUUGAACUUGUCUCAGGCCUCAAAAUUAAUUUCUCAAAGAGUAAUUUUGUGGCAAUCGGGAUGUCGAAGAGAUGGAAGGUGGAUGCUACUAGGUAUUUAAAUUGCAGUCUAUUGGCCAUACCUUUCCUUUACCUGGGUAUCUCGAUUGGGGCAAACCCAAGGCAUAGUGAUGCCUGGGAUCCUAUUGUCAAGAAAUGUCAGAGAAAGUUCCUAAUAAAGUUUUGGCAAGCUAGUGUGGAUACAGAAGUUGAUUCUAUGGAGAUGGAGAGAUGGAACCUUCUCCAUAACCAAGGGGACUUGUGGUCUAGGAUACUGAUUUCAAAAUAUGGUGGAUGGUGGAUUCUGGAUGGAGAAAGAAUGGGCAGUAGUGAAUCAGCAUGGAAGGGCAUCAAUCUCAUAGCUCAUUCCGGUGAAGAUGGCAGUUGGUUAGCUUAA